UCUGUCUGUCUCUCUCUGUCCACCAGGGACUCCCAUCAACAAACCUCCAGUGUUGGGUUACAAAGACCUGAACCUCUUCAAGCUCUUCAGACUCGUGUAUCUCCUAGGAGGCUGCCACAAGAUCGAGUCUGGGACCGUGUGGAAGCAGGUCUACAUGGAUCUGGGGAUCCCCGUCCUGAACUCGGCCGCGUCUUACAAUGUCAAGACGGCCUAUAAGAAGUACCUGUACGGGUUCGAGGAGUACUGCCGCUCCGCCUGCAUCACCUUCAGGACCAUCCAUCACAACAACCCGCGCUCUCCCAACGCGCCAGCCAAUCAGAAGCAGGCCCCGCCCUCUACGCUGGCGGAGGGGGCGGAGCCUGUUGAUGACAAGCGGGAGAAGGCGGAGUCAGAGAGUGAGAGCGAGAAGGAGGACUUAAAGGAGAGACAUUCGUCCCCCAGGGUGAGAAGACAUGUCAAACUCUAG